GUGUUGUGAGACGAAUUCGGCGAUUGCCAAUGUGCCUGGAUGCGCGCAGAUGAUCGUAGAUUCUUCAUAUCCUGGGAUGGGAUGAUCAAUUUUCUUUGUGCAUGAGCGGCUACUCGUUCAUUACCUCCUCCGCUUCGUCUUAAGUAUAUACCAAUUUCGGGGAGCUGACUGUGCCCAGGUGGUGCCACCUUGAUGCAGGGUUCGGCGUCUAGAACGGCGACAACUCUCCUCGUUGAUCGGCGACAUGGCAACGCUCUUUUUGAUGAACCGUUCGCUCUCUUGCUAUUCUUAUGGCUUAUGAAUAAUCAUAUCGUGCGCCGUUCACAAAUUGCAAAAUCGCAAGGAAUCACUUCAGGGCUGAUUCACGGUUGUUCGAGCGAGGACAGCAAUCAUUCAGAGUUCUUCCCGAUUUACUAUUUACUCACACCUCAACACGAUCAUCAGCAUCUACAGGCAUAGCGAAUUACUCACCCGAAAUGCAUGCAUCAAGCUACCGCCUCACAUCGACGUCGCUCCGGACUGCGCUCGCCACACAAAGUCGGCUAGCUGUACGGAGCCUCGCUACUGCCUCACCUGUGACCAUUACAUCAAGACAUCACAGAGUUCUUGUCAUUGGAAACGGUUCAGCCGGUGUGGCAGUCAGCCAUCAACUGUUACAUAAAGGACGCUUCAAAGAGGGCGACAUUGCGGUUGUCGAUCCGAGCACCUGGCAUCAUUACCAACCGGGCUGGACGUUGGUGGGCGGCGGCUUGAGCAACAAGGAACAGUUUAACAGGCCGAUGAGCGAGCUUGUAGCGUCUGGGACUAAGUUUUAUAACGACCAUGUCGCGGCCAUUGAUCCGCAAGACAACCAUGUGUCGUUACGAGGUGGUGACAAAGUCCAAUACGACCACCUUGUCAUCGCCCCAGGCAUUAAAGUCGAUUACGACGGCAUCAAAGGUCUAAGCGAAGCAAUAUCCAACCCUGAUAGCCUCGUAGCGUCCAUAUACAGCUACGACCACUGCGACAAAGUGUUUCAAAACAUUCAGCGCUUCAAGAAAGGCUCCGCCAUCUUCACCCAGCCUUCCGGUGUAGUAAAAUGUGCAGGCGCACCCCAAAAGAUCAUGUGGCUCGCAAUGGAUCACUGGAGACGAGCAGGCCUCUACAGCAACGAUCCCGAGAAAAGUGCUAUUGACAUGACUUUCGCUACUGGUCUUCCUACCAUGUUCGGCGUACCCAAGUACAGCGUCAAACUGGACGAGAUGCGAACAGAGAGAGGAGUCACAGGCCUCUUCGAACAUAAUCUCGUCGCGAUCAACGGGAAUACGGCGACAUUCGAACGCCCGAACGGCGAGCAGCCCGUACACCAGCACUUCGAGUACCUCCAUGUUGCGCCCAGGAACAUACCGCACGCCUUUGUGAAAGAAAGCGGAUUGAGCAACGAUGCGGGAUACGUAGAUGUGGAUCAGUAUUCUCUCCGGCACAAGAAGUUCAAGAACGUGUGGUCUCUCGGCGAUGCAGCGAGUCUUCCCACAUCGAAAACAGUCGCUGCAAUCACGUCCCAAGCGCCAAUUCUCACCCGGAAUCUCCUGCUUACCAUGGAUGGCAAGGAGCCAGAAUCCGCAUACGAUGGAUAUACUUCAUGUCCGCUUCUGACCGGUGACAAGAAGGUGCUUCUUGCUGAGUUCAAAUACGGUGGUGUGCCUAAAGAGACGUUCAACACGUGGCUUGGUAUCGAUCAGGCGGUGCCGAGACGUGCGUUCUACCAUCUGAAGAAAGACUUCUUUCCUUGGGUUUAUGAUCGAUUUCAUGUGAAGGGGCGGUGGGGUGGACCGAGUGGCUGGAUCAGGUAGCUUUGGAUAAGUGUUGAAAAGUGUUGCGAUGUGUCUUUUCGAAGGAUU